AUGGCUCCCAAGACGGUGCUGAUAACGGGCUGCUCCUCCGGCAUUGGCUUGGCCUUGGCUGUGAAAAUGGCCCGGGACAAACAGAAGCGGUUCAAAGUCAUUGCCACCAUGAGGAACCUGGGCAAGAGAGGGUGCCUGGAAGCGGCCGCCGGCGUCACCCUCAACAAGACCCUGGAGAUCAGGCAGUUGGACGUGUGCGACGAGCGAUCCAUCAUCAGCUGUAUCAACAGCAUCCCCAACCGGCACGUCGACAUACUGAUUAACAACGCCGGGGUGGGGAUGAUUGGACCCAUCGAAUGCCAGACCAUCGAGGAGAUGAAGGGUGUGAUGGAGACCAACUUCUUUGGUGUGGUGAGGAUGAUCAAAGAGGUGCUGCCCGAUAUGAAGAGGAGGCGUAGCGGGCACAUUGUGGUGAUCAGCAGUGUCAUGGGCCUGCAAGGCAUUAUGUUCAAUGACAUCUACACAGCCUCCAAGUUUGCCGUGGAAGGAUUCUGCGAAAGCCUCGUCAUACAGGCGCUGAAGUUCAACAUCUUCGUCAGCCUGAUAGAGCCUGGCCCCGUGGUGACCGAGUUUGAGACGAAGGUCUAUGAAGAGGCAGAGAAUGCAGAUUACUCCACGACAGACCCUGAGACGGCAGACAUGUUCACUAACCUCUACCUGAAGAACUCCAAGGCGAUUUUCUCCAGCCUUGGGCAGACUCCCAAUGACAUAGCAGAGCACACGCUGAGGGUGAUCAGCGCCGCCAAGCCGCCCUUCCGCCACCAGACCAACCCCGUCUACACGCCCAUGACGGCCCUGAAACACGCCGACCCCACUGGAGCCCUGAUGACCGACACCUUCUACAAGAUGGUCUUCAAGUAUGACACGCUCAUGCACAUCAGCCUGAAGGCCAUCAAGGUGAUCCGAUGGCAGGCCCGGAAGAUGAGGCAGGGGGUGAAGAUGCUUGGCUUCAGAUAGGCCAUGGGAACCAGGGUGGAGGGGUGAAGAUUGGGCUCAGGUGCAGUAGGGCUGGAAAAAGGCUGGAGAUACUCCAUGAACAAUGGGUUCAGUGGACAUGUGCCCACUGAACCAGACACUAACCCAAUAUGGCUUCAUUUUAUAGGGUGUCCUUUGCACAAGCUGUACCCAAAAGAGCAGGGAGAAGGAGAAAUGAAGAGGCAUGGGCUAUUGGCGGGGGGAAGAGGUUGUAGCUGACAGCUAGCGGCAGCCAGGGGAGAAGGCUUUUGAUGCAACAGGGAUGAGCUUCUGUGGGAGGGACAGCUGCUAGGAAAACAGAGGAGGGAGGGGAGCAAAGAAGGGGCAGGGUCUCGAUUCUCCUCUCAGAAUCGAUUUACACCACAGCCCACUGAGCUAAUAGGACCCACUCCUGAAGGUACAUUUGCAAUCAGAAUCAGUCAGCAAGGCAGGGCCGGGAGAUGGCCUUUGCUUGCUUGUUACCAGCCUAGGCUGGAUUUGAACCUGUGAUCUAGAGGCACAAGAUUUUCCUUCUCCAACUAAGGGCCCUGGGAACAGACUCAUACUCCCCCAAGUAAUUUUAAAUAGCAGCAAACAGUAAAAGGGGCUGCUGCUUUAAAGGCAGGAGGGAAGUGCUUUUAUUCUUGCAGCUGGGUGUGAUAUAAAGCCAAGAGCAGCCAUGCAAGCUAGAGUCCUACUUGCCCACAUCCAGUCCCCACCCCACUGCUGUCCUCCAGCCAGUCCAUGAGCACCAACCGAUGUGUCAAACUGAGAGCAUGGCACUCAGUCAUAAUACGUGGCUUUUUGGGGCAGGUGCAUAAGUGGAAGAUGCAUUGAUGGUUAAAAGAAUCAUAGGGAACUUGAGUGAACGAUGCCCAAUACCUGUGUAGCUGUAGGAUUGCAGAAGUCCUUGCUCCGUCUCCCAUCUCCAGCUUGAUCUAAGUUACAUGAACUUCCAGAGCCGCCUUUCAGGAAAACUUAACGAGACUUGGUGUCACCUCUUUGGAAGCCUUCCAGAAGGACUCCUCCAGUAUGCAUAAGAAUAUAAGAAUGGCCAGAUUGGGUCAGACCAAAGGUCCAUCUAGCUCAGUGUCCUGUCUUCCAACAGUGGCCAAUGUCAGGUGCCCCAGAGGGAAUGAACAGAACAGGGAAUCAUCAAGUGAUCCAUCCCCUGUCACCCAUUCCCAGCUUCUGGCAAACAGAGGCUAAGGACACCAUCCCUAUCCAUCUUGGCUAAUAGCCAUUGAUGGACCUAUCCUCCAUGAACUUAACAAGUUCUUUUUUGAACCUAGUUGUAGUCUUGGCCUUCACAACAUCCUCUGGCAAGGAGUUCUACAGGUUGACUGUGCAUUGUGUGAAAAAAACACUUCCUUUUGUUUGUUUUAAACCUGAUGCCUCAAUUAGUGGUUCAUGCUCAUUAGUGGAGCAAACUCAUGGCCCUGUAACAAAACCCAUUGAAGUCAAUGAGAGUCUUUCCCUUUACUUCAAUGGUUUAUUUUAAUGCCAGGUCUGGGCAUAUCCUCUCUUGAAACACAAGAGACCUGCCCACAGAUGGUUAUUAUUUGGUGUGGCUGGUUGCAAUCCCUUUCUACCCUAAAGAAAGUCUCCUUCCUGAAGGUGACCAUGUCACUUGUAAUCUCAAAAGUGCAAGCACAAUUGAGCUCUGAGUCCAUGACAUUCAGUGGCACAUCCAAGUGUGAAACGUUGCAGUUGGGGAGAUGCCAUGCAAGGGAUGCUGUGUCUGAGUAUAUAUCAUUCUUCCCCCUUGCACAUUUCGUGUUGUUUGGCAUGCUACCCACGAUGGAAGAGAAGAGCCCACAAAGUGAAGGAUGAACUAUGGAAUAAAACGCCUUCAGUUUUUACAUCUUGUGUGGAAAAGUUUAGAGUGGAAGAUGUAAUUAUCAUGUAUACAUGUCUGGAUACAUCUGGAUGAUGGGUCU